AUUUUGAAUUUAUUGGAGAAAAUUUUGAAUCCGACUUAAAUGAGAAAAGAUUAGAAGAACUAAUAAUAUCAAGUAAACAAGUUAACAGUGUAUUAUAUGAAUCAAAAAACACUCUGUUAGGAGUUAAUG